AUGGCCGAUGAGGCGCAGAAGAAUGUCGUGCAGCUCGCUGAGCAGGUCGCGGAAGGCUUCGCGGCUCUGAGUGGAGAAUACCAGAUUCUGUUCGAUCAGCAGAAGCAGCUUGAGAGCAAGCUAUCGUGGGCCAAACAACAGUAUCUUGACCUCCUAAAGCGCUUCACCCCCAACACCCUCUCGCAAGACCACCUUACCUUCCUGCAGGACCUCGAGCACGUUGGUGACGAACAGCCAAGAAUACGCCUUGACUUGAUUGAACAACUAGCACAAUGUGAUGAUGUCGAGCGCAAAGGUCGAGCGGUUGCCCUCCGUCAAGCUGAGAUCGCUGCCGGAAGCCUUCGUAGUCACGCCGGGGACCCAGAAGUGAAGAUUUGGAGUGGCCCGUCGGCAGAUCAGGCCACGGCACUACCGCACAUCAAUACCAACGACCGGUCUCCUAUGGAGAAGGACUUUACAAUCGCAGCUUCUGCUGAGCCCUCUGUUGCUGCAUCUGGCUCUGCCGCCGUUUGUCCGAUACGUUUCCUUGACCAGCACGACCCUGAAGAAGUUGCAAAGUACUUUGAGAAGCACAAACACGAACUACCGCGAAGUCAUGAAGUUUGCAUUACCCGUUUCCAGAGUAACCAAGAAAGCAUUGAGCAACUGGACCGGAAAUACGGCAACCUGACCAAUAUGAUUCAAGGUUUAGGGCAGAAGCAUCAAGCCUGGCUGCCGGAAGAACCUGAGGACGCCAUCGAGGAAGAGCCCGAAGCUCAGAUGGUUGCUGGAGGAAAGGCCGAUGCGAAGGUAGAGAAGUGGGCCAAAACUGUGUCGGCUAGCUUACAUGAAGGCACCCCAUCAGUCGAGGAGGAGCCAAUAGAUCACGGUGCCGACGAAACAAGAACCGCUCACUUCGACCGCCCCAUGAACGAGAUCACCGGAACCCUCUAA